UACACGUACAUCGAUCAGAACGGGCGUAACUUUUGCGGAAGUUUUGAAACCAAACAGAUUACAUUUUUAGGAAUCGGUACUAGGCAUUUCUUUCAAGAGUACUCUUCUUACUAAACUACUGAUCCUGUUUGAGCUGACUUUGUGGCAGAGUAUAAAUCACUGACUGGAAGGUGAUUGGGUAAUCGGAUAUCGGACUGACGUGUACAGUGAGCAGGCCUGCUGCAGGCCGUCGGGCGCGUCGUCAGCCCGGCGUGGGGAGAAGUCGGGGAAGCACCUACCGUUCACACCGCCCGCACAAUAUUGUACAACAGGUGUAAAUCAUGGCAUCGCCACCAAUGCAACCAUUUAGCAUGGACCCAGUGCCUGCUACAAAGGUGGAACUCACUGUAUCAUGCAGAAAAUUACUGGACAUGGACACAUUUUCCAAGUCUGAUCCAAUAUGUGUCAUGUAUGUUCAAGCUAUGGGAAGUACUGCAUACAAAGAGUUCGGGAGGUCAGAAGUCAUCAUGAACAACCUCAACCCAAACUUUGUCAAGAAGUUUGUCAUUGAUUACUUCUUUGAGGAGAGGCAGGGGCUGAAGUUUGAGUUAUAUGACGUUGACUGCAAAAGUCAUGACCUAAAGAAACAUGAUUUUUUGGGCAGUGCCGAGUGUACAAUGGGGGAGAUAAUGGGUUCGUCUGGCUGCAAACUCAAGAAGCCGCUCAAAGGGCCCAAAAAGGACAGCGGAACGAUUAUAAUCAAAGGGGAGGAAAUGAGUGCAUGCAAGGAUCUUCUGAUGAUUGAACUGAAAGGAGAUAAUCUGGACAAGAAGGAUUUCUUUGGAAAGUCGGACCCUUUCCUCGUCUUUUACCGGUGUAACGAAGAUGGGAGUUUCACAAUCUGUCACAAGACGGAGGUGAUAAAGAACACAUUGAAUCCAAGAUGGAAGCCUUUUAACAUCAUGGUACGAGCGCUGUGCAAUGCGGACUAUGACAGGACGAUCAAAGUGGAAUGCUACGACUGGAACAGAGAUGGAGGGCAUGAUUUGAUUGGUGAGUUUCAAACACAAACAAGAGAGUUGACUAAAGGACCUUGCAACACCAACGUUUAUCCAGUGAUCCAUAAGGAAAAGCAAAAGAAGAAGAAGAAAUAUGCCAACUCUGGUCUUGUUUCUGUCGUUGCCUGUAAAGUUGAACCACAGUAUUCUUUCCUGGACUACAUCAGAGGGGGUAGUGAGUUGAGUUUUACUGUUGCCGUUGACUUCACUGCCUCAAACGGUGAUCCGAGGCAGACAUCGUCCUUGCAUUUCAUGAACCCAUAUCAACCCAACUCCUACCUGAGGGCUAUCUGGGCAGUUGGAGAGGUGAUCCAAGACUACGACACCGAUAAGCUCUUUCCUGCUCUGGGCUUUGGUGCUAGAAUACCUCCAAAUAUGGGAGUAAGUCAUGAAUUCUUCAUGAAUGGUCACCCGACGGACCCGUUCUGCGUGGGCAUAGAGGGGGUAGUAGCAGCAUACCAGAAGGCAUUGGCUACAGUUCAACUCUACGGACCGACCCUCUUCGCUCCUAUCAUCAAUCAUGUGGCAAGGUUUGCUCAUGCUAAGCAGGAUGGUUCGGAGUACUUCAUUCUGCUGAUUAUUACUGAUGGUUGUAUCUGUGAUAUGGACAGCACUAAAGAAGCUAUAGUUCAAGCAGCAAAGCUUCCAAUGUCAAUCAUCAUCGUCGGUGUAGGCAAAGAAGAUUUCUCAAAAAUGGAAGAACUUGAUGGUGAUGAAGUCAGGGUAUCAUCCAGGGGCCAGCUUGCAGAGAGAGACAUCGUUCAGUUUGUCCCAUUCAGAGAUUUUGAAAGUUCAGAAGACAACAGAGUCUUGAGUCAGGCCCGCCUCGCCAAGGAGGUCCUAGCAGAAGUUCCGGAGCAGUUCACAUCCUUCAUGAAGAAGAAAGGUAUUAAGCCCCGCCCACCUCCCUCGCCCAGCUUAGCAAGUACGCAGAGCUUUCGGUAUUAAAACUGUUGCUUGGAGCAAGCCUCAAACAAAAAGGCUGCAUAGUGUUUUCUUGUUUGUUGAUUAAUAUGAAUAAUUGUUUGCAUAAAUUGUUUUUAAGUUCUUUAUUUCUCAUUCCAAUAAAAAGUAGGUACACAGUCACGGUCAUGAGCAGGUUUGGAAUUUCAUGGAGGCCAAUGCCUCCAAUGCCCUGGGCCCAAUUUCAUAGAGCUGCUAAGCACAAAAAUUUGCUGAGCACGACAUUUUCUUCCUUGAUA